ACCAAAAGAAUUGACAGAACGUGUGAGGAAUGACAUGAAUGUCGACAUUCUUGUAACCAGAUUUGCAGCCUUCGCAGCAAUCCUUUUGGUUUUGGUCCACAUGUGCGGCCAGACAUGUGAAGUGAGCCCAACAACCAUUGCCCUCACACUUGCAGACCGUAAUCAAUGGCUCGGUUUGGUCGGACUUCUUGCACAGUCGACACACCGAGCAAUGGCUUCAAAACAAUGGGUGAAUGACUUAAAGAGGAAGAAUAGCACGAAAUAA